CAUGCCGGCCCCCCGCGCCGCGCGCACCUGUGCGCUGCUCGCCCUUUGCCUCCUGGGCAGCGCGGCCCAGGAUUUCGGGCCGACGCGCUUCAUCUGCACCUCGGUGCCCGUGGACGCCGACAUGUGCGCCGCGUCCGUGGCCGCCGGCGGCGCCGAGGAGCUCCGGAGCAGCGUGCUGCAGCUCCGCGAGACCGUGCUGCAGCAGAAGGAGACCAUCCUGAGCCAGAAGGAGACCAUCCGCGAGCUGACCACCAAGCUGGGCCGCUGCGAGAGCCAGAGCACGCUGGACGCGGGCGCCGGCGAGGCCCGGGCCGGCGGUGGCCGCAAGCAGCCCGGCGCGGGCAAGAACACCAUGGGCGACCUGUCCCGGACGCCGGCCGCCGAGACGCUCAGCCAACUCGGGCAAACUUUGCAGUCGCUCAAAACCCGCCUGGAGAACCUCGAGCAGUACAGCCGGCUCAAUUCCUCCAGCCAGACCAACAGCCUCAAGGAUCUGCUGCAGAGCAAGAUCGAUGACCUGGAGAGGCAGGUGCUGUCUCGGGUGAACACUCUGGAGGAGGGCAAGGGUGGCCCCAAGAACGACACGGAGGAGAGGGUCAAGAUCGAGAGCGCCCUGACCUCCCUGCACCAGCGGAUCAGCGAGCUGGAGAAAGGUCAGAAGGACAACCGCCCUGGGGACAAGUUCCAGCUCACAUUCCCGCUGCGGACCAACUACAUGUACGCCAAGGUGAAGAAGAGCCUGCCGGAGAUGUACGCGUUCACCGUGUGCAUGUGGCUGAAGUCCAGCGCGGCGCCCGGGGUGGGCACACCUUUCUCCUACGCCGUGCCGGGCCAGGCGAACGAGCUGGUGCUCAUCGAGUGGGGCAACAAUCCCAUGGAAAUCCUCAUCAACGACAAGGUGGCCAAGCUGCCCUUUGUGAUCAACGAUGGCCAGUGGCACCACAUCUGCAUCACCUGGACCACCCGGGACGGGGUCUGGGAAGCCUACCAGGAUGGCACCCAGGGUGGCAAUGGCGAGAACCUGGCACCCUAUCACCCCAUCAAGCCGCAGGGUGUACUGGUGCUGGGCCAGGAGCAGGACACUCUGGGCGGCGGGUUCGAUGCCACCCAAGCGUUUGUGGGUGAGCUGGCCCAUUUCAACAUCUGGGACCGCAAGCUGACCCCCGGGGAGGUGUACAACCUGGCCACCUGCAGCAGCAAGGCCCUCGCGGGGAACGUCAUCGCCUGGGCCGAGUCCCACAUCGAGAUCUACGGGGGGGCCACCAAGUGGACAUUCGAAGCCUGUCGCCAGAUCAACUGAGGCUCCUGCCGGCCGAGCCUCCCCCCUGCUUGUGCGGUGAUGACCCUCUCGUGUCUCCUUCUCUCCCUCUCCCCAGGAGUGACUCAGGCCCUCACACGCCCACGCGCACGCACACGGCCUGGCUCGCCCUUGUGCCCCAGGGGAGGCCCUGCUCCCCUGGGGGAGCCCACCCUGGUUCCCCGCUCGUGCUCGCAGGCCCAUGCGGGCGUAGGUGAGGUCGUGUGUGUGUGUGUGUGUGUGUGUGUGUGUGAGUGUGUGUGUGUGAGUGUGUGUGUCUCGGGGAGGCGCUUUCUUUCAGAAUGAGCUAGCUCCUUUCCUCGUCCCUCCGCGGUGUCGGGAAACCCUGACGGGGCGAACAUGUGAACCUGCUGAGCCCGCGCCGCCCGUGGGCCCCGGGGCCGCGCGGCUUCUUCCGCGCCCGCGUCUGUCUUCGCAAACCCUGUCCGGCGCGGCCGGUCUCUGUGUGGGAAGAUACGUGCCUCUCAGCGGUCGGCUCGAGGCCGGGGGGCCUCUCCGCAGAGACUCUCUCUCGUAGCAGGAGCGGAUCGUCCCCGACGGGGCCCUGGGGUGGCAGCUCAUGCCCUGGGGCCGGGCAUGGGGUGGGGGCGGGGGGCCGGCCUCGGGGAGCGGCCAGCGCCCGCCCAGCUGGUUUGCAUGCCCAGCUCUCAGCUCGGCCCAGCACCGGUGCCUGCCCCCAGGCUCGUCCCUCCCUUGCGGCUGCCAGCUGGCGCCCCUGGGAUGAGGGGUCCCUCCCAUGGCCCAGGAGGCCCCCUCGCCUUUGGCCUUGGGCGGCAGGGACCGGAGGCAUCCAUGGGUCAGCUCCACGGAGGACCCGUUGGACCAGGAAACCCAUGUUCUGAUUAAGACCCAGCCAGGUCGGGCCCCUGAUGCUGGACGUGCGCGGUGGUGAGGUCCAAGCUCAUCUUGACAGCCCCCCUCCUCCCGCACCCCCGGGGCCCGUGGGCUGACGGCCAGUCCUCCCCGGGGCAGGGCCUCCGAGCUCCACACGGAGCCCGGCAGGGCCUGAGACCCGCUCCCCAUCACAGGUCCUGCAGGGGCCCCCUCCCGUCACCAGCUGGUGACCCCCAGGCCCCCCAGAGCCUUUCCUUCCCCGCCGUGAACAGCACCCAUACACAUUUCCUCCUAGUCCUUCCGAGGCGGGGGGAGCGUAUGUGUGUGUGUGUUUCUGUGUGUGCACGCGUGUCGAGAGAGAGAGAGAGAGAGAGAGAGAGAGAGAGAG